GCUCCACUAUGCUUCCGGCCGCUCCACCCUUCUGCUGCCGAUCUGCUGAACGCAGUUGUUAGACCCGGUGUUAGUUUGGCCUGAUGACGUGAAGGUUUCAUCGGGUUUAUUUAAGGUUGGUAGGGGUCUAUCCGCACGCCACGAUUUAGUUUUAGUCUAGAAACUAAUUCGAAAUAACCCAAACAACACUUCACUAUUUUCCUCUUAUAUUUCCCAAUCUUUGAUUUUUGUGAUUUUGUCUUUACUUCCCGCUUUUUCUUAUUCUCGUUCAAAGUUCAAACCGGUCUUAGUUCUAAGUCUUCAAUUCUUGCUUCUUUGUUUCUACUUCUAAUUUCUGCGUCACGCACACGCUCGCUUCGUAAUUUCACUUUAUAUAAGUAGAGCUAGCGCCGGGCAUCACAGACAACUGAACAAACGUGGAAGCAGAACAAGAGAAAGAGCGACACGAAUUCCAAAGAAGAAUGGAGGUGACGGAGAACGGUGUUGGAGCCAUAGAUGGACCGACGAAUCCCAUGGUCACUCCUCUGCUCACGGAUCUUUAUCAAUUCACCAUGGCCUACGCUUACUGGAAAGCUGGCAAGCAUCAAGAACGUGCUGUGUUUGAUUUAUAUUUUCGGAAGAAUCCAUUUGGUGGAGAGUAUACUGUCUUUGCUGGUUUGGAGGAAUGCAUCAGGUUCAUUGCUAAUUUCAGACUCACAGAGGAUGAGAUCAAUUUUAUCAGGGAAAGUUUACCUGGUUCGUGUGAGGAUGGAUUCUUUGAUUAUCUCAGAGGAAUUGACUGUUGUGAUGUUGAGUUGUAUGCUAUUCCUGAGGGAUCUGUUGUUUUUCCUAAGAUACCCCUGUUGCGAGUUGAAGGUCCAAUUGCCGUGGUUCAAUUGCUAGAAACACCAUUUGUGAAUCUUAUUAAUUAUGCCUCAUUAGUUUCUACAAAUGCCGCAAGACACCGUAAUGUUGCUGGAAAAUCCAAAACUCUACUUGAAUUUGGACUAAGAAGGGCUCAGGGUCCUGAUGGGGGACUAAGUGCAUCAAAGUACUGCUAUAUCGGUGGGUUUGAUGCAACCAGCAAUGUUGCAGCUGGAAAGUUAUUUGGGAUACCCCUACGUGGUACUCAUUCCCAUGCCUUUGUUAGCUCAUAUAUGAGCCUUGAUGAGAUUAUAGACAAGUCACUUAGUAGGAAAGAUGGUUCAAGUACUUGUGAAAAUUUCGUUAGUCUUGUUCAAACAUGGCUGAACAAAAUACAGUGGUCAAGUUCAUUGUGUGGCAUUUUUGGUGAGACCAAUCAAAGCGAGUUGGCAGCAUUCACAUCAUAUGCACUGGCAUUUCCAGAUAGCUUUCUUGCCCUUGUGGAUACAUACGAUGUCAUGAGAAGUGGAAUCCCUAAUUUUUGUGCAGUAGCUUUAGCUCUCCAGGAUUUAGGAUACAAAGCUGUAGGCAUUAGAUUGGACUCUGGUGACCUUGCAUAUUUGUCUUGUGAGGCAAGGAAGUUCUUUUGUUCCAUUGAGAAGGAAUUUGCAGUGCCUGAAUUUGGGAAGAUGGCUAUCACUGCUAGUAAUGACCUCAAUGAGGAAACUAUAGAUGCUUUAAACAAACAGGGUCAUGAGGUUGAUGCCUUUGGAAUUGGUACAUACCUGGUCACAUGUUAUGCUCAAGCUGCUUUAGGUGUAGUUUUCAAGUUGGUUGACAUAAAUAAUCAGCCUCGUAUCAAACUUUCUGAAGAUGUGUCGAAGGUCUCUAUUCCAUGUAAGAAGCGAAGCUAUAGGUUGUAUGGUAAAGAAGGUUAUCCCCUGGUAGACAUCAUGACUGGGGAAAAUGAACCAUCUCCUAAGGUGGGAGAAAGGAUCCUGUGCCGUCAUCCCUUCCAAGAAUCCAAGAGGGCAUAUGUGGUGCCACAGCAAGUUGAGGAGCUUCUAAGGUGCUACUGGCCUGGUAAUUCAGAUAAAAGACGGGAAACUUUGCCAACUCUAAGGGACAUUAGGGAGCGAUGCAUCCAGCAACUUGAACAAAUGCGACCUGAUCACAUGAGGAGGCUUAAUCCUACUCCAUACAAGGUUAGUGUAAGCGCAAAGUUAUAUGACUUCAUUCAUUUCUUGUGGCUCAAUGAGGCACCGGUUGGGGAGUUGCAGUAAUAAUAAAGAAAAUAAAGUAGCAUAUUAUGAGAACCUAAUAAUUUGGGCAAAGAGGAUUUCUGUAAAAAAAAAAAAAAUAUUCAGUGUGUUUUUAACUGUAUUUUAAAUUGUAAAGGAGUAAUAAUUUUUUUUUUCCAUCCCUAAUAAUCUAUCUUUGCCCUUGACCGCAAUGUUAAUUCAUUACUUAAAGUUACAUUGUUGGCAUUUUUCUGUUGAAAUAUAAAAAGUACAGUGCGGAGAGCGUGUUAUUUAUGGGUGUAAUUUAUCCUUUCUU